AUGUCGAUCGUUCAUCUGCAAAGCGUAGAGAUCCUCAAUGCGGAAGCCAGUUUCAAAGACCCUUACGUCUUCAAGAUCACGUUCGAGUGCAUCUCGCCUCUGCAAGAUGACCUUGAAUGGAGGUUGGUUUAUGUCGGAUCUGCGGGCGAUGAGAAGUACGACCAAGAGCUCGACACUUGUAUGGUGGGACCUGUUCCCGUCGGGGUAAAUUCAUUCGAGUUUGAGGCAGCGGCACCUUCACCGUCCAAAAUUCCGCCUGAAGACUUGUUGGGAGUCACAGUGAUCCUUCUCACAGCGUCGUAUCGCGAUCAAGAAUUCAUUCGCGUCGGAUACUAUGUCAACAACGCGUACGAGUCGGAAGAGUUGCGAGAGAACCCGCCAGAAAAAGUCGACUUGACACAGGUCAGAAGGGAAGUGUUGGUCUCGAAGCCGCGAGUGACACGUUUCAACAUCAAGUGGGACGACUCGGCUACAGCAAGCGCUUCAACACAACAACAGGGCUCGGCAGAGGGCUUGACUGCAUAA